UCCUUCACAAAUCACAACCCCUUCACCAAUAAUGGCUUUCAGCUUCAGCCAAAGUAUGCUAUGCUUCAUCACUUUCACUUGUUUCCUUUACAUAGCAAAGCCUUCAAACUUGAACCAAGACACGUUACUCCAGGGUCAUCACUUGACAAAAUCUGACCGUCUCAUUUCAUCUUCUGGUUGGAGCACGUUGAGUUUCUUUCAGUGCGAUGGCUCCGAAGGUUUCUACCUCGGAGUUAGACCAUCAUCUGAUGAUUCAUGCUUCGCUUAUUUCUGGGUCGCCAACAGAGACAUGCCAAUCCAUGAUCCUAGCUUUCUCACGAUCGACCAACAUGGUAACCUGAAAAUCAUUUCCAACGUGGCAAAUUCCACUUUCAUGCUCUACAAUUCUUCCGAAAGUUACAACAACAGUAGUACUAUUAGUGCCAUCUUGCAAGACAAUGGCAACUUGAUGCUUCGUGAGAUGAACCAAGAUGGAUCUCUGAAGAGGUUACUAUGGCAAAGCUUUGAUCACCCCACGGACACGUUUAUACCAGGGAUGAAGCUAGGGUUUGACAGAAGAACGGGUCAAAAUUGGUCUAUAACAUCGUGGAGAAGUUACAAGACUCCUUUGUCAGGGUCUUUCACCCUUGGCGUUGACCCCAAAACGAAGGAAUUGGUGAUGUGGUGGAGAGGGAACAUUGUUUGGAGUAGUGGCCAAUGGAGCAAUGGAAGUUUUGUCAAUUUGAAGUCCCCACGUUAUCAAAAGGACUUUGUUUUCAAAUAUUUUUCUGAUGAAAAUUCAACUUACGUGACAUAUGUUCCGGUUGGUUAUCUACAUGGGAUUAUGGGGUUCAUUAUAUGGUGGGGUUUCUGGUGCCUUGUACUCGUGCAUCGGUGAUAAUUUCUUUAUGGUUGUUCAAUGCCAAGUCUUCCCAAAUGCAGAAAUAAUGAUAGUUUAUAUUUGGGUAAUUGGAGUAGCUAUGGGGUAAUGUCAAGUAAGGGGUUCGUAUUUGAUGAAAGUGAAAAUCUCAGCAAUUUUGAUUGCUGGAUGAAGUGCUUGAAUAAUUGCACGUGUGAGGCUUACUCUUAUGUGAAUGAGGAUGCAACUGGCUGUGAGAUUUGGAGUAAGGACUCUGCAAAAUUUGUUGCCACUAAUAAUUUCACAGCUGGGGGCCGUCAUAUCUACUUCCUUCGCAAGAAAAAAGGCAAGGCAAAGAUAUGGAUCAUAAGUGCAAUAGUUGGAACUGUCGUCCUAAUCGUCUUGUGUUUCACAUGCAUUAAGUUAUGCAGAAAACUAAAAGAAAAAGCCGAAAAUCGUAAGAAGCGAACAAUGUUAUUGUCUGAAAUUGGAGGAAACACUGCAAAAUCCAUUGUAUACAGUGAAAGAAGAGAACAUAGGAAAGAAAAAAGGAGAAAUGAUGAUACACAUAUAUUUGACCUUCAAACCAUUCUUGAGGCAACCUCUAAUUUUUCUUCCACCAAUAAGAUAGGGGAGGGUGGCUUUGGACCUGUCUACAAGGGAAAGCUACCAAAUGGGCAAGAAGUAGCUAUAAAAAGGCUUUCCAAAAGUUCGGGACAGGGGUUGAUAGAGUUCAAAAAUGAAGCGAUGCUAAUUGUGAAACUCCAACACACUAACUUAGUGAAGCUACUUGGUUUUUGCAUCGACAAAGAAGAAAGGAUAUUAGUUUAUGAGUACUUGCCUAACAAAAGUUUGAAUUUAUAUCUCUUCGAUUCCAACAAAAAGAGUGUAUUAGAUUGGAAGAUAAGAUGCAAAAUCAUAGAAGGAAUUGCUCAAGGACUCGUAUAUUUACACCAAUAUUCAAGAUUGAAAGUGAUACAUAGAGACUUGAAGGCAAGCAACAUUUUAUUGGAUAAUGAAUUGAAUCCAAAGAUAUCAGAUUUUGGCAUGGCUCGAAUAUUCGGGUUAAUAGAAUCUGAAGAAUUAACUAAUCGAAUUGUUGGAACAUAUGGUUAUAUGUCUCCGGAGUACGCAAUGAUGGGUGUCAUCUCAACUAAAACUGAUGUUUAUAGUUUUGGCAUCUUAUUGUUAGAGAUUCUAAGUGGAAAGAAAAAUCGUAACGAUUACCCAUUCAAUCUUGUUGUUUAUGCCUGGAAAUUAUGGAAUGAAGGUGAAGGUCUAAUGUUAAUGGACAGGGCAUUGGGUGGAUCAUACCCACCUAUCCAAGUGUUACGCUACAUUCAUGUUGGUCUCUUAUGCACACAAGAUCAAGCAAGUGAUAGACCCACUAUGCUUGAGGUUGUUUCUUUUCUUUCAAAUGAAACUGCCCAUUUACCACCACCAAAACAACCAGGACUAUGUAUCUUUGAAGACAUGGAAGAGGUAGAACAACUCAAUAGUUGUUCCAUAAAUGAUACAACAGAUUCAUUAACAUCAGGUAGAUAAAAUAUCAACGCUUUUGAGAAAGUUCAAAGUAUGCUAAUAAUUUGUGAAUAUAACAAGUGCAAAAGCCUCCAAUGUAUUGAUAUCUUGGGAUUGGAACUCUCCAAAUUUAUUAGAAUACUGGUAUCUAAAGAUAUUCAAAAGUCUCGACGAGCAUUAU